CUAUUUGAUUACAAAACAAAAAGCUGUAAAGUCUUCUUAAUUAAUUUAGUAAAAUGAUUAUAUUUUCCUUCAACUGUGUCGACCGGAAAAAAGCAUCCUUGAAUAUUUUAUCGACCAUGUUAUUCUUACGGAUCCAUCUAUAUUAAUUGCUACCAAGGCAUCUCUAUCUCUCUUUAUAUAGGCAUCGUUUUUUUUUUUCUUGUCUAAUACCAGAUAAAAUAAGUAAGAAGAAAAUGAAGAUUUACGUAUGUUUUAGUGUGAUUUUGAUGUUUCUAUGCAUCUUCUUCAUCAGUGGUGCUUUGUCGGAGCUUGAAAGGUUGGAACAUCCGGUGACAAAAUCUGAUGGCUCUCUGAGUUUUCUGGUCGUUGGAGAUUGGGGACGCAAAGGAGAGUUUAAUCAAUCUCUCGUUGCACAUCAGAUGGGAAUUGUGGGAGAGCAAUUAGACAUAGAUUUUGUGAUAUCAGUAGGAGAUAAUUUCUACGACGACGGAUUAAAAGGAGACAAUGAUACUUCCUUUGAAGCCUCUUUCUCUCAUAUCUACACUCAUCCUAGUCUCCAAAAACAGUGGUAUUCAGUUUUGGGUAACCAUGAUUACAGAGGAAAUGUUGAAGCCCAACUAAGUCAAGUUCUCACCCAAAAAGAUUGGAGAUGGUUUUGUCGCAGAUCUUUUGUCUUAUCCUCAGGAAUGGUGGAGUUUUUCUUCGUGGACACAAAUCCAUUUGUAGAAAAAUACUUCACUGAUCCAGAAGAUCACACUUAUGAUUGGAGCACUGUCUUACCUAGAAAUAAAUACAUCUCAAACCUCUUACAUGAUUUAGAUUUAGAGAUUAAAAAAUCGCGUGCUACAUGGAAAUUUGUCGUGGGACAUCACGGGAUCAAAACCGCAGGGCAUCACGGUGUGACCCAAGAGCUCGUAGAUCAACUUCUUCCAAUUCUAGAGGAGAAUAAAGUGGACUUGUACAUAAAUGGACAUGAUCACUGCUUGCAACACAUUGGUUCUGACGGUGAAACCCAAUUUCUGACAAGUGGAGGAGGAUCAAAGGCAUGGAGAGGAGAUAUUCAGCCAUGGGAUCCCAAAGAACUCAAACUGUAUUACGAUGGGCAAGGUUUCAUGUCUCUUCACAUCACUCACUCCCAAGCUAACUUCAUCUACUAUGAUGUUUCCGGCAAUGUUCUUCACCAAUCCUCAUUGUCCAAAAGAUCUGUUCUCCUCUAAAAAAUAUUUUUUUAAAAACAGUUGAACACAAAUUAAAUUUAUAACAAAUUUAUUGAUGUAAUGAUACUGAACACAAUAUAUGUGUGAGUGAGCCGUUAUUCA